UAAUCUCCAUUUUUAACCUUGCAUGAAAGUAAUAACAUAUGUAUUUUUUCUGAAUAUUGAAUUAAAUCUCUCUAUACAAAAUGUCUAAAGUUACCUUCAAGAUUACACUUACAUCGGAUCCUAAACUCCCUUUCAAAGUAUGCUGAGUUAUGGGGAAAUAAAAUUGAAGUUACAUCUUCAGCGCGAUGGAUACAGCCGUAGUGCAACAAUUUCUUAAUCUUUUCCAAGAUUUUAUAAACAUUUGUCAGUUAGAGAAUUGGCCAAAUAAUGAUACUACAGAAGAGGAAAUUAAGAAUGCAUUCCUAUUAGCAAUACACAUAGAAAAAUGUGUUGAUAGAUUACAGAAAAAGUUGUUAAUUGAUGAUUUCUUAGCUACAUUAAAUUCAAUACAGAGUACUCCAUGUUUACUGUUUAAAAAAUGUUUGUGUGACCCACCAAAAUAUAUAUUACGAAAAGUAGUGACAUCAACUUGUAAAGUCACAUUAUUGGAUGUUUCUUAUAAAAUAUUUUUAAACCUUUUCUCUGAAGAAAAACUUGAACUGUGUUUAUCUGAUUUAAUGACAGAAGCAGCUUCUAAAGAGACACUUGUAAAUAACCUUUCAACAGAAUUCCCAAAGGACAAAUUAGUAAUUUUUAAAAGCCAGUUUAUUUUAAUAGAAUUUAAUGACAAGAUAGAAAAUGAAGAAGCAAUAAUAAAUAUGCUUAAUAAUGGUGAUAAAGAAACUAUUGAAUUGUUAAUUGUUUGUAUGUUGAAUAAGGGAGUAAAAUUUUGUAAUGCAGUUAACUUAAUUGUGAAUUCCUUUAUAAGUUUCAUGACAACAAAAAAUUGCUCCAAGAAAAAAUUCUGGAGGGAUUUUUUGAACACUGAAAAAUCUACUUUAACAGGGUUGUUUUUAAAUCAUGGUGAUUUAUAUAAAAUUGUGUGUAAGGCUUUGAUGGACUGUGGCAGGUUAUUAAAAGAAAAUAUGUCUGCUGAAUAUUUUUACAUAGAUUUGACUUAUUCUGAGCUAGUUAGAAUAACAAAUGGUAUUUGUGAGAAUGAAAAUCUCAAACUUGAAUUUAUGGACAUAGUUAAUGAAAAGAAUGAUGAUGUAAAAUUUUGGGAAAUUGUUUUGUCGUGAUUUUUUAUCGAAAUUUUAGUUUUAAUAUUUAUAAAUCAUUGUGGAUUGAAUUUAAAUAUAUGCUUAUACUUGCA